AUGAAGACGACCGCCAGCUCCGCCCCGUCCUCUCCCGUCCAAGUGCCGCUGCUGCAGCCCGCGAAGUUGGAGAUGAAUUUGCGAAAGUUAGGAGACGAAGCUUCGUCGGUCAACAGCGAGGACCUCACUACGACUUCCACCACAGCGGGACAAGCGUCGCCGGUGGCGGUGUCAGGGGAGGUUUAUAAUGUUGCGGUGGAAGGAGACGAUGACAAAGACUUUACGUCCCCAGAAGAUAUCCCGGAAAAAAAAUGUCAGCUGUAGUACCUAUCGGCACUUUCUUACUUUCUUCGGCGUCAUGACAAGUUUAUUGUUCAUCUGUAUGACCGAGAAAGUAUGAGUCACACGUCAUGCAUGACUAGAAUCAAUCAUGUAGAGAUCGUGAAUGAAACACCUCCGAGCAACAUCACAUAAGUAGCCCAUGCGGUCGACGCAGGCGUCCUGGAUGACAGGCGUGUAUCUGUGACUGUGACCACCACACGUGUGCUGCAUUACAAUUGCAAAGACUGACAGGCAUUUUUUCGUGGAUAGAAGAUGUGAAAAGAAACAACACGACGACGGUGCUCGCUAGACCACGAUCUUUGGGAGGAACGGAGACAGAUUCAUCUACAACCCCGCGACCGAAAAAAAGGAAGGGAG